AUGCGCGUCAUUGCUCCACGUUUUGCCAUCGUUGCGCUGCUGCUCGGAACGCAGUCAACACCUACUGAGGCGAAGUGCUUCUUUGGGACGUUCAAGUGCGGCGACGGUCAAGCCAUUUGUCUGAAUCCAAUCACUGUCGGCAAAUGCGCUUUCGAUGCCGUUUGUCCCAUCAAGCUCGAUGCAAUCAUCACCACCCUGGGGAAUGCACUCAAGGCCUUGACACCUGAUCAACUGGACUUCGUCAUCGACCUGGGAGUAGGGGAGAUCAACUCCGUGUUCGACGACUUCAGAGACUGCUUCAAGGGGUUCGAGGCAGCAGCUCCACACGCUCUGAAAGGCGCUGGGAAGUUUGCCAAAUUGGCAGCAGGCAAGCUUGACAAGGCAAACGAAGCGCUGAAUAUCAUCGAGGGCAACAUUAUCCCAGCGCUCAACAAGGAGUGCGGGUCAGGAUGUCUUAACGAGGACACGUGCCCAGCACCGAGUACUAUGACCACCACCACUAUAGUGACCACCACGACAACAACGACUGGAUGCGAUGAUGCGUCGACGGCUUCUAGCACGACGACGGAUUCGACGGAUUCAACCGCAAUCACGCUGGAAUACAAGGCCCCUUCUGGCUGCACGUGUCUGGCGAUAAACGCAACAGCGUUCGACUACGAUGCCGUCGCGUACAGCACUGGUGCCUGCGCACGCAACGUGGCCUACUUCAUGGACGAUCAAACACCGCCCUUGCUCGUCUCCAAGGCGUACUUUCCUGAGAUGGGCUGCUUCGUCGGAAAGCAGCAGAACGGAUGCACCGCGUCAUACAAGUUGCAAGACGGCGACAUCAGUUUGUCAGGCGAAAUGCAAUGGAGCCUGAACGACCUGCAAUUCCAGUACUUCAUCCCGUGCGUCGAUCAGUACGGCCGAAAGUACUCGGAGCGCACUCAGAAGGUGGAGCUGCCCACAGCCACAACAGCAGCACCAGCGGCCUGA